AUGGGCCGCCUGUCAGCUUCCUGCUCGCAGGAGGAGGUGACAAGCCGAGCGAGCCGGGAAGAGCCAGAGGCCCGGCGGGCUGCACCCCGGGCCCGGGCCCCCGGCUCCCCACCUCCCCUGGGGCGCGCCUUCUACAACUCGCGGUGGAGACGCCAAAACGGACAAGGGCUGCUUUUUCCCUCCUCCCCCCACCCCACUUUAAAACAAAGCAGCGAUUCAUUCCCUCCCCGAACUGCGCGGUUGGAGGCCGCGGCGGCGGGCAGCGGGCGAGGACACCCGAGCCACCUCCACCCGUCGCCCCGAACGGCCCUUCGCGGUGGGGACCGAAAUCCCCGCGCCUCCACCAGCCUCUCGGUGAAUGGAGCCCCGGGCAUUCGCCGGCCUCUGCUGCCCGCUCGGGAAGCCGUGACGCUGUCUUUUAAGCGCCAGUUUCCAGGUUCCAGGUCCGACAACCAGGGAGCUCCUGGCCCGGGUGCCGCUAAAACCCGGAGAGGCCCCGCCCGGGAAAGCCAGGCUCGCCAUCCCCUUGCUGGGACUGGCCCAGUCACGACUCGGCGCCGAGCCGAGGUUCGGCCAGCGCAGCCGAGAUGGGUCCCGACCCGCCAGGAAGACCAAGGACGCGGCGCCAGAGCCACGAAAGCCGCAGGGACCAGGGGGCACGGCGGGCAGAGCCUGGACCGAAGAGCCAGGCCCGGCCCUGGCAGAUCCCGGCGGCUCUCGGCUCCGCCUCCGGCCCUGGCCUCUUCCCCCGGCCGGGUCGGGUCUUCCACUCUACUGUUUGGCUCUAAGGGAGACACUCUCCGUGCGCCGGGGGCUGGCUGCGGCCAUAAAUCUCGGCGCGGGGCCCUCCUUCCCGCUGCACGCACGGGUACUCCCGGUCGUCGACCCCGCGUCCCUACCGCACCAGAUGCCCCGCUCUCCAGGUCAGGGCCUGGGGGCCCCGAGACUGCGCAGGGAAUCAAGCCAGAAGCUUCCCCUUUCACCAGAGAGAGGGAACGGCCCUGUCCACUUGAUGCCACCAUCUUCCAUCCCCGCGGUCACCGGACCCUGAGGUGGCCUGGGCCUCACCGCAUCGCUGCCUAGGGUAGGGGCGCCCGGGCGGGUUGCUUACUCCUAGGAAGGCUAGGUGAGGCUGGGAUGGGCGCGCGACUACCCACCUGAGCCCAACUCCGGCUCUACCUGUGCCAUCGAGGGGCGACAUCAGGGUCACAGUGGCUUCUCAGAACUCAGCCUGCCACCCCUCUCUGCAGACCGUGCUUUAAUCCUGGGCUGCUGUUCUGCCCUUGGAGCCCUCUGAGGGCGCACCAUGCGGGGAGGGGGACUUUUUCUGUGUGCAUCGAGGACCAAGCAGGGUGUCUGCAGGCGCUGUGCCUGUAGGUAGGGGCUCAUCUGGUUCACCACCCGGUGCCAGCCCAUCAUCUCCUCCUUGCCGGGGACGCCUCCGGCUUUUCCCCGUCGGGCCCCAGUUCGGCACCCUGGUCGGCCACCCGCUUUGGCGCAAAUAGGCAAACCAUCGGGAAAGCAGGAAUUGGUCCAGCGCUGGUAGC